AUGUGGAAAUUUCUGAUUGGAAGUGUCUCUUCGGCGGCAUUCUUGGCCACCAUUUGCACUGUCUACUAUUCUGUUUCGAUGCUCGAUGAGCUCGAUUCUUUCCGUGGACGCAUUCGCGAUGAACUUGAUGACUGGAAAGAGGUCAGUGAUGACACGUGGCAAAGACUGAACGAUAUGACAUCGAGAAGUGUACCAAAGAAAACGAACAUCCUGAAGAACUUUGUGAGAGGAAAGAGAAGUGAUGGAAAUGAUCAAUGCAACUGCGCAGAGCCAACUAAGAAUUGUCCAGCUGGACCACCAGGAGAGAAGGGGACUUCUGGAAACCCUGGACAACCAGGUCCAGAUGGAGUUAAUGGAGAUGAUGGAGUAGAUGGAGAAGUUGUUCAACACGAGAUGCCCGACACCAAGGAAUGUAUCAAAUGCCCAGCUGGACCACCGGGACCACCAGGACCACCAGGACCCCUUGGACCGAGAGGAGAGAAAGGAUCAGAAGGACCACGUGGAUCUUUGGGAGAUCAAGGAGAGACUGGGCCAGUUGGAGAGGCUGGAGACCAAGGACCUUCUGGAUUACCAGGAAGACAAGGAGCCAAGGGACCAGCAGGACAACCAGGAACUGUUGCUACAGUUGGAUUGGCUGGAAGACCAGGACCACAAGGACCACUUGGAGAAGCCGGAAGUCAAGGAGAACCAGGAGUCGAUGGAAAAGAUGGAGCUAUUGGAGCACCAGGAAGAAAGGGAGAAAAUGGAAGAGCUGGAAAGAGAGGAAAGGAUGGAGUUGCUGGAGUUCCAGGAACAAGAGGAAAAUUGGGAGAGGAUGCAGGAUACUGUACUUGUCCACCAAGAACUGCUUAA